UUGUGAAAGGUUUUAAGUGAGUUUAUAUGAAAUAAAUAAACAUUAUCGAAAGUUAAGGAAUCCGCUUCGCCAUGCCAUGCAGUCACUAACUACUAUAUAACCAGGCGAUGGCAUAAGCAAACUGUGUGUGCUUAAUCCAAAUCGGUGGAGCAUAAUUGAAGAUGCAAGCCCCCUUCUUCCAGCUUAGCCUUCUCUUCACAUCGCGUCCAUAUCCGACGACAUCAAAGCUCUUCUCUUCCGCAACCGCCGGCACACCUCGUGGUCGCUGCGUAGCCCGCCCCUCCACCACCACCCCAAUUUCCCCCAGUCUUCCCGAUUCUGCCAUCACGGCCUUCGAAGAUUACCAGCGCCUCUUCUCCUCCCAACCCACCGAGUCCGUCGAUCCCCUCCCCCUUGUCGUCACUGAAGGCAGCCUCCCUGCCGACUUCCCCCUCGGAACAUACUACCUCAAUGGCCCUGGCAUGAUUUCUGAUGACCAUGGAUCCAUCGUCAACCCCCUCGACGGCCAUGGAUACCUCCGCGCCUUUCGCUUCAUUGGCGGAGGCGUGGUGAUGUAUUCGGCGAGGUAUGUGGAGACAGAGGCGGCGAAGGAGGAGAGGGAGGCAAAAACAGGAGAGUGGCGGUUCCGACAACCGGGGCUCUUUUCCCUGCUGAAAUCACAUAUGAGAGCGCCGGGUUUGAAAUUGUUAAAGAACGUGGCAAAUACUACUGUGUUGAGGUGGGGCGGGCGGUUGUUCUGUCUUUGGGAGGGAGGGCAUCCCUAUGAAUUAGAGCCGACGUCAUUGGCAACCAUUGGCCCGACGGACAUUAUCAAGACGGUGGAUGGACGGCAAAGUGGAGGUGGCGAAGUACUGAAACUCGCCGCCGGAAUCACUAAGCCUUUGCUUUGUGGAUUGUUAGGAAUACCUCCAAAGAGAACCCUAUCACAUUAUAAAAUUGAUGCUCAAAGGAACAGACUUCUUAUGCUUUCCUGUAACGUUGAAGACAUGUUUCUACCUCAAACUAACUUCACUUUUUAUGAAUUUGACAAAUAUUUUGAGUUGAUGCAAAAGAAGGAAUUUGUCAUUUCAGACCAACUACUGAUUCAUGAUUGGGCAUUCACUGAUUCAUAUUACAUCAUCAUGGGCAAUCGUACUAAGCUCAAUGUAUCAGGGAUAUUUCCUGCCAUGUCUGGCUUAGCCCCAAUGAUAUCGACUAUUUCUUUGAAUACCAAUCAACCCACAACCCCAAUCUAUCUCCUUCCAAGAUUCUACAAUGACACAAUUCAGAGGGAUUGGAGAAUUCCAGUUGAAGCUCCUUCUCAACUAUGGACAUCACAUGUUGGCAAUGCUUAUGAGGAAAAGGAUGGCAAUGGCAAAACUAAGAUUGAAAUCCAAGCUUCUGUUUGCUCAUAUCAGUGGUUCAACUACGAGAAAAUGUUUGGAUAUGAUUGGCCAAGUUCAAGGUUGGACCCCUCCUUUAUGAAUGCAGACAAGCAAGCACUGCCCCAUCUAGUUAAGAUAUUAAUAGAAUUAGAUGCUGGAGGAUCAGAUCUCUUCUGCUCCAUUGCUGAUUCUUCAAUUCACUGGAAAAAACCAGCUGAUUUUCCAGUCAUCAAUCCCUCCAUGUCUGGAAAAAGUAAUCGGUUCAUGUAUGCUAAUUCAACUUCUGGUUCCAACAAGUUCCUACCACAUUUUCCUUUUGAUACAAUUGUCAAGUUUGAUAGUUACAAUGAUAUAGUGAAGACAUGGUGUACUGAGAAUCGAAUGUUCAUAGGAGAGCCCAUGUUCAUUUCCAAAGGGACCAAACAUGAGGAAGAUGGCUACAUUAUUGUUAUAGAGUAUGCAAUUUUCAGGCAGAAGUGUUAUCUUGUGGUGCUGGAUGCAAAGAGAAUAGGAGAUGAAGAUGCUAUAGUGGUGAAGCUAGAAGUGCCAGAACAUCUAAGUUUCCCAUUUGGAUUUCAUGGAUUUUGGGAUAAAAAAUGAGAGGUUUAGAAUCAUUUGGCAUAUGUAAUUAGCAUAUAUAUAUUUAUCUUAUUGGAUUGUUUUUCUUCUUUUGUUUCAUAUGCAUAAAUGCACUGAGAAUUAAGAAAAACAACCAAUU